AUGACGGACAAACUCCCUCCAAACCUCCUCGCGCUCUUUGCGCCGCGUCCUCCUCUCCGUUACCUCCAGCCCAUCAGCAGAGCACCCGACGAUGUGAAGUCAAGUACGAUAUCCGGUGUUGCCGGUUACCUCGAUGAGCUGAAGAAGUAUGGAGAGGAAGUCCCUUAUAAUGCAACGGAGAGCUGGCUGCAGCGCAAGGAUAGGCUGAAGAUGGAGAAACAGGAGCAGGCUGCGAAACGUCUAGAAGAAGGUCUUUCAACAUUUAACCCCUCUGAAGAUCCCCAAAUUCGUGGUGACCCUUUCAGAACGUUAUUUGUCUCUAGACUGAGCUAUGAUGUUAAGGAAGCGGAUUUGGAACGGGAAUUUGGCCGGUUCGGUCCUAUAGAAAGGAUUCGGAUCGUGAAAGACACGCAGAACCCUAAUCCAAAGAAACCACAUCGAGGUUAUGCUUUUAUAGUAUACGAGCGUGAAAAGGAUAUGAAGGCUGCCUACAAGGAAACAGAUGGGAUUCGCAUCAAAGAUCGACGUGCUCUUGUCGAUGUCGAGCGUGGACGUACGGUCAAGGGAUGGAAACCACGUCGAUUCGGCGGUGGACUAGGUGGCCGUGGAUAUACCAAAGCGAUGCCCUCAAGACCCAUGGGUCCUGGCGGAUUUGGCCCCCCUUCUGGCCCCGGUGGCUUCCAGGGUGGUUUCCGAGGAUCAAGGGGGGGCUUCCGAGGUGGAUUUAGAGGAGGUGAUCGGCCCUAUGGCGGCCGUGGAGGAGUUGGCUUCCAGGGUGGGCGUAGCGGAUUUGGAGGCCCCUCCAACGGUGCAUCGGGCCAGGCUCCCCCCAACGCUCCUUUGGGCCCUGGUGGAAGCCGGGGCAGUGGUGGCGGUGGGUAUGGUCAGCAAAAUGGUGAUGGCUACGGAGAGAGACGCUAUGAAGAUAGAAGCCGAGGAGGCUCUAGGUACGACAGAUCGGGUGAUCGAGGUGUAACUGGCAGCAACCGAGAACCUGUCAGACCCAGAGCAUAUGGAGAUCGUGACAGAGACAGAGACAGAGACCGUGAGCGUGAUAGAGACCGAGAGAGAGGUGGUCGAAGCGACCGUGAUCGGGAUAGGCCGCGAGACCGAGACCGUGAUAGAGACAGAUACAGCCGGCGUGAUGAUGAUCCUCCGAGAAAGAGACACCACGAUGGGGAUGCAUACGAUGAUCCUAGGACGAAACGAAGAUACUGA